CUCAGCGUAACCAUUUUUUUGCGUGUCAGUCUCAUUUUGUCUGUAACUGAUCACAACUCUAGAUUGACAGGACAUUCAGUGUCCCUUGAAUUGAAAUUCCCUAGUAGCACGGCUGUGGAGAAGACACCCCUCUGUGUAGGAUGCUUCGACGGAAACUCUCCAAUGCCUCUGAGAAGGAGCAGGGGCAGAAAAAGAAGCUCUCUCUCCAGAGGUCCAGCAGCUUUAAGGACUUCAUGAAGCCAAAGCCCUCCUCCCCCACAGUGUCGGAGAAGCCGUUUCCCCUGGAGGAGGCUGAGGUCUCAGAGGACGCUGAGAAGCACACGGGUAAACUAGGGAAGAAGUGGCGGGCCGUCAUCUCACGCACCAUGACCCGCAAGACCUCCAAGAUAGUCCAGAAAGCCCUGGCAGAGGAAGGGAUGGAGAGUGCUGAAGAAGGUUCCAUGUCCCCCUUGUCUUUCGACGGGAUUCCUGACCUGCGUGCAGGACAGCGGAGCUCUGUGUGCUCCACCGGGUCAGAAGACAGACUGUACAGUCCCCUGCAGCGUCAAAUCUCCGGGUGUGGAGACAGGCACAGUCUAGACAGUGGCUACAGUCAGAGAGACAGCAUGAGGCUGGAAGACGUCCCCUACAAUGGCCCCUUCUGUGGCCGUGCGCUUGUCCACACGGACUUCACUCCCAGCCCCUAUGAAUUGGAGACCCUCAAACUCCAGAAAGGUGACAUCAUUGAGAUCAUUGAAAAGCCCCCCGCGGGCACCUGGACAGGGAAGCUCAACAACAAAGUGGGCUCCUUCAAGUUCAUCUACGUCACUGUUCUACCCAAUGAGGCAACACCUCCCAGGCGGAGGACGCGAAACAACCACAGUAAGAGCUCUAAACCCAAACCCCAAUCCGUGGAGGAGGUACUGGAGAGGAUCAGCCUGACAGAACUUGGAUCUCUUCUGUCCUUCCACGGCUUUCAGAGGGUUGAGGACUUCAGGGGACUGAAGGACUCGCAUCUUAACGAGCUCAACAUCACAGAUCCUGAGCAGCGUGUUAAACUCCUGAAUGCUGCUGAGCUCCUGCUCGACGGUGACUCUGAGGAUGAAGAUGAGGUGGCGGAGGAGGGUGGGGCGGAGGAAGAAGCCGAUGUGCCCCGGGACUCAGGCUGCUUUGAAGGCACUGAAAACUUGGAAAAUGGUCGUGAGGAUCCACACACGGAUCCACAAACACAGAAGGAGUCAGAGUCCACACUCAGCGGGAUUCAGGAAGAGUUGGAGGCCCUGUCCGUAGAGGACUAGCCUACCUGACACCUCAUACGGAACCUUGCUUUAUUUUUCCUGGCUGAAGAGGAAAUACAAUUGACUGAAGGACAAGUGUGUCCUGAGAAGGGACUGCAUACUUCCAAUAUUGAACCAAUGGUAUUGUGAAUUUUAUGUUUAUUCAAGUGUUACUUGUGAAAUUAUCUUUAUGUGUAGAGGAACAGCAUACCCUUUUGGUCUCUUGAAUGCGUCUGCAUCAUAAGGUGGGAAAACCUUUGCUUUGUUUUUCUGAAGAAUAUUUUUUGUUCCUCUAAUAGUUACAUAAGAGGCAUUGUGCAUUUUUACUUGCACAACCUAGUAUAGUCUGUAAUUGUAAUUAUGCUGUCAUUUUGUGGAUUGCAAUUUUUUAAUUGUUGAAGAGAUAAGAGGAGUAACAUAAAAAGUAUGCCCAAAGGUACCUGGAAAACAAUCAAGGCUUUCAAAUAUUUCUAAUUCUUUUAGAGGGCUCAAGUAAAAUUUUGGACCAAUAGUUAUCUUCAAUAUCUUCGUAUGUUUACAGAUUAUAAAUGUAUAUAUUUUUAUGUUAUUCAUGUUUCAAUUUUCCUAGUGAUAUAUUCUAUUAAAAAAAUUCAAAAAGUGUCA